CCACCGUGAUUCACACGAGCAGCUGCUGCAGUAAAGCUCGGGCUCCGGCACCGAAGGGGCAGCUGAGCAGAGUCGAGUCUACGCCACCUCGCCUCGCUUCCGUAUCCCACAAUUUAAGGAGACCGAGAAGGCGGCGGCGGAAGCAAACUCCGUGGGGUUCACCGGUUCAGACUUAGCCGCCGCGAUCCACGGGCCGGCGCAUCGAAGCGAAGCAAAAGGGGUGGACUGGUGGAGAAUAAGAGCAGGCGCGGAGAUGUCGGACGCGCUGAUCAACGGCCUCGCUGGCGCCGGCGGCGGGAUCAUCGCCCAACUCCUCACUUACCCGCUCCAGACCGUGAACGCGCGGCAGCAGACGGAGCGAGACCCCUCUAAACCGGCGUUCAAGGACGGCGCCGCGCGCCAGCUAUACCUGGUGGUGAAGCACGAGGGAUGGGAGCGUCUGUACGGCGGCCUCAUGCCUUCGCUCGGGGGCACUGCGGCCUCGCAGGGUGUCUACUACUACUUCUACCAAAUAUUCCGGAACAGGGCAGAGACUAAGGCCCUUGAGCGAUCCAGGAGAGGGCUUGGCGAUGGGUCAGUCGGGAUGCUCCAGUCGCUCACUGUCGCUGCCCUGUCUGGCUGCGUCAAUGUACUGCUCACAAACCCAAUUUGGGUUGUUGUUACACGAAUGCAAACACACAAAAAGGCAAACAAACAGCAAAGCCCUCAGGGUUUGACAUGUGCUCUUGACAAGGCCCUCCAAACUGCUACAACUGAAAACACCCCUUACAAAACUAUUGAUGUUGUUAAGGAGCUUUACAAAGAAGCUGGAGUGCUGGGCUUCUGGAAAGGGGUAGUUCCAUCUCUAAUUAUGGUUAGCAAUCCUGCAAUUCAGUUCAUGUUGUAUGAGACUCUUCUGAAGAAAUUGAAGAAGAGACGGGCCUCAAAUUUGAAGGGAGCUGGUGGACUGACUGCUCUUGAAAUUUUUCUUCUUGGUGCGAUUGCAAAACUUGGUGCAACUGUCGUUACUUAUCCUAUUCUAGUUGUAAAGGCAAGGCUUCAGGCGAAGCAAAUGAUUGGUGCUGACAAGAGGCAUCGCUACAAAGGUACAUUUGAUGCAAUCACAAAGAUGGUUCAGUAUGAAGGUCUGACAGGGAUGUAUAAAGGAAUGGGCACAAAAAUUGUGCAAAGUGUUUUUGCUUCUGCGUUACUUUUUAUGAUUAAGGAGGAGCUUGUGAAGGGUGCUCGAUUAUUGGUAGCUGGUAACUCCAGUCGGGUUAAGAAAUUACCAUCGAAGUCAUCCAGAUGAUCUAGGUCUUUGCAAGUGUUAGUAUAUCUGGCUAUAGAGCUGCCCUCUGUUAGGAUAUAUUAAUCGUAGGUUAUACAACAGCCAGUAUGAUUCUUUAAGAACCAAAAGCUCUUAUGUAUUGGAUACAUUAUUUGUAUCAUUUAUCUAAUAUAUAUCCACGAGGGCUGAAACAGCAGGAAAUAAAUCAGCAUGAUAAUUGAA